AUGCAGAAGUUUCUCAAAGUGAGGCCAAGCCAAUCAGUCAUCUUCAACACAUGCAGGUAUGAAGAGAACCUGGAGCUGGGCAAGCGGCACUACAAACCGCAACAAUUUGAAGGCACUUUGAGGGGCAUGCAAUGUUUGUCAUUGGAGUGCACGUGCGGCGACCCCAGCAAUCAUGAGGCCAUCAUCGGUCCAGAGAAAUCCAAGGCGUCGGCCACGUAUCCAGAGGCCCUUUGUCUGGCCUAUGCAAAGCUGGCCAUUGAUCAUCUCAAGAUGAUGGGGAAGGAGGAAUUCCUACGAUCUCGCAUGGCCUCACUUCAGAACGUUUUGGACGUGACGAAGGCAAAGAUAGUGAGGAGGGACGACGAAUUUGGCCCAGACGCCAAACUGCCGGGCCAACGAGAGAGACCCACACGAAAGACCUCUCGCUCAAGAUCACGGACGAAAACUAAGUUUCCUUCGCUCAGCCCGCCGACAAGGAGGGAGUACAAGGCAGCUACAUUGGGCGACAACACGAGGAGCCCAGCAAGGCCGCCGUUGAAGCGCAGGAGGCGGGACACAACCACACCUGUGAAGCUGAAACCGGCCAGGGACGUAGGAGAGACACCCGAAGCAUACUGGCAGGGCGGCGAGGGCAAACACGAAACUUUGAAGCCCAGCUCAGCCAAAGACGCCAACCCAGCCUUAUUGGAGUUCAUAGGAGGCAUGAGGGAUCCAUACAAAGUGGUGCUUCCGAGGGCAACUCUUCUUUCUCUGGGCCUUCGCAUCCGGGCAGCAUGGGAAGCAUUCGAGAGGAAACACAAGGGAACGUCAACAGUAGCCGAGACCUAUGGCACCCCGGAUUGCGACAUGAAUGACACCUUGGUCAAAGAAUGGAAGGCCACGCUCAAAAAGGUGCUGGGCGCUAAAGCUCCCCCCAGUGUGAAGAUGAAGCCCAGGUGGAACUACAUGUCUCCUCUCGACCCAGAACUCCUAGAAGCCUGGAUCUCGAAAAGCGCUGAUCCCGACGACAUCAUACCAGAUUGGGUGAGGAACGGAGCUCCCUUGGGGAUUGAGGUACCCAUCCAGACAAGAGGCAUUUUCCCUUUGAAUGUGGACGACAACAACUUGGAUUACCAUGGUCAACAUGAACUAGAAGACGCAGGUGCCCAGAUGAGCCAUGGCGACAUACCCAACUAUGCUUCAGUCCUCGAUCAUGCCGAAGACGCAAAAAUCGAGUUGGACAGGUACCGGAAGGAAGGUUUCCUAGUAGACGUCGACAAAGAGACGGUUACGAAGGAAAUGGCUCAUGGAACAAUCUCCAAACUGGGCCUGAUCAUCAAGCAGAAACCCGAAGGAGUGAAGAGAAGGAUCAUAUUGGACCUCCGCAGAUCAGGGGGCAACAAGAAAGCCAGGUUGCCGGAAAAACUCGUCCUGCCCCGUCCGAAGGAUGCCAUCAACAUGUUCAGGAACGUCUUCGAGCAACGACGUCCUUGCGGAGCAGACGAAGGAUAUUCGAGGGAGCUGGUCGUGGUAGACAUCUCUGACGCAUUUAUGUCCCUCGCAGUGCACGAAGCGGAAUUGCCGCACGCAUUGGCACCAGAAGUCAACGGACCGAACUUCUACCUCUUCGUAGCCUUGCUGUUCGGGUUCAAGACGGCUCCAUUGCUAUGGUCACGCAUAGCAGCCUUGAUCUCGAGAUUGCUGCAGUCGCUCGUGCAGGGCAAGGAGGCACAACAUCAGACAUAUCUGGACGAUGGCUUAUGGAUUCUGCAGGGCACGCUGGCCGAACGCAAUAGUGUGCUCUCCAUGAUCCUCACUACCCUCUUCGCCCUGGGCCUGAAGGUAUCACUCAAGAAGGGCCUACGCUCAACUCAAGUUCAAUGGGUAGGGGUCCGCUUCACUCUGACGGAGGACUCCAUCAUCCUGAGCCUCCCAGACAAGCUGUUGGAAGAACUCAUCCAAACCCUCCGGUCUUGGGACAAAGCGGGAAUGGCCCCAAUCAAAGAACUACGACAAGUCGCAGGCAGAGCUUCAUGGGUCUCAGGAAUUUUGCCCCGGACACGAUGGGUCGUAGCUGUGCUCUACCGAGUCCUGCAUGAGAGACUCAAUGACAUUGCGUCGGGCAAGGAAUCCGAGAGACGCCAGAACAGAACCGACCAACGUUCAAAGGAUGGUCUCUUCGUGGUCAAACAAUUGGAACAACCACGGGUAUGGCUCAUCAAAUACCUGGAGGUCGCCCGGGCCAAACCCACCAGGCGUCUCAAGCUGGACACCACGAAGUACCCGAAGGCCACCAUAGUGACGGACGCAAGCCCGUUAGGGGCAGGAGCCAUCCUACGGAUCAACAACCGCCUGGUGAGGGCCUACACCACGAAGGUCACCCAUCGCGAUGCCAGACUUUUGGGAUUUGAAGACGUCUGGGAGCAAUCAUCCUCCCAAGGCAUCGUAGAGACCUUGGCGGUCCUGCUGGCGUUGCAACACUGGAAACGGGAUCUACAAUCCUGCAACGUGGAACUGCAAGUCCAGAGUGACAGUCUAGUCGCCCUGGCAACAUCGAAACGACUGUCGAGUGCGACGUCCACACUGAAUUUCCUGGGCGCCGAGAUCGCCCUCACGUGUGAAGAAAUCGGCAUCGAGACGCUGAGGACUUCUCACAUUCCGGGGUCCGCCAACAAGGCUGCAGACUGGCUCAGCCGCCCGGACAAGGUAUCUAAGGAAGAGGUGCCAGACGAACUCCGGGACAUUCCCGUGCACUCGGACAAACAAGUCCGGGGACCAGAGUUCUAUCACCUGGCACCUCCCCAGCUGGCUCCCGAUCUUUGGAAGCCCAGCUCUGCGGCCAACAGCCUCACGCCCUACGUCGACCCAGGGCCUUUAGUGCCCCUCGAGAAGCCAUGGAUGCCGUGGCUCUUCCCGGUGAUGGUCGGGAUCGGGGCCCUUCUCCUGCUAGUCGUCUUCCUCAAGACGGUCUGCGACAUUCGUGACACGGAGAUCCCACACUUGGAGGGAAGACCAGCUGAGGGGCAGAGAUUGCUGGCUAAUCCUGGACUAACCAUGGACUCCGGCUACGGCACGAGGGCAACUGAUCUUGCGAGCUCCAACCAAGAGGACUCCUUCGACCUAUGGAGCUUGCGGGAGGCAGACGUGAACAGCCCCAACAAGAGCAGAACAAUAUCGAGCCAGGGACAGGAGUCAGAACCAAGCAACACACCGGAGCCUGAGGCGCACAAGUUUCCACCGGAUCCACCUGCGCUGGGUUCAGUAAGAAGCUCAUCACCAACGAAGGGCCCAUGGUGGAGAGAACUGUUAGCUUCGCCAGUCAAGAAGCUGCGCCUGAGCGACAUAGGGAAGAACAUCAAAGCAUUAGCCAUGCCGGCGCUGGAUCUACCACCUCAACCGAUGCUGCAGAGCCCCUAUCCUUCAGUCCCAACCGUGACAGAAAAGGACAGAAGAAAGGACUUGCCAAAAAGGCGUCUGACUCACAACAUAGCGAAGCCAUCAAUCAAAGCGGCCGUCAAACUAGCCAAGGCCAAGAACGCACUGGCAGGCAUCGUGGCAAGGGUAGAGGAAGAUUUCUGCGCCAACUCAUCUAGGGCGGCAAAGAACGCCAAGAGAAAUACAGUCAACCAAGUUCUUCGUGCAGGUGGCGAAGGUUUUCCGUUGACACCAUUUGCGCUGAAAAUGCUAGCAGGUACGCUCAGAGAAGCGGGUUACAAAUCGACCAGCCAAUACCUCGUCGAAGCAAAAUUAGCACAUGUGGAAACAGGGCACGCCUGGACGAGCUUGCUGGAUCGCCACUUCAAGCUAUGUAUGGCAGCCUCAAAAAGGGGCCAGGGCCCUCGCAAGAAAGCGGCAGAAGUGCCAGAAGCGGAGUGGACGGCUCAUUCGUUGUUGGCCGACCCUCUCACCACCGGCAUGAAGGUCAAUCUACCGACCCACUUAUUUGCAUGCAGAGUACAUUGGAUGAUGCGGGAGAUUGAGAUCGCCGCGCUCACAGCGGAAGACAUCAAAUUCGAGGAAGCUUCACGAAUGGUCACCAUCAACUGGAAAGAAUCCAAAAAGGAUGCCGAAGGGCACGGAAUAUCCAGAACCCUUCAAUGCGUUUGCGAACAUGGAUGCGACCUUCGUUGCCCGUUUGCCGUCCUCGAGUCCCUGGUCAAUUUGGCUGCACUCAGAGGAACCCCAGGCGGACACAUUGCUUCCAACAGAAAGGGCAAACCUGCGUCCAAAUCCGACAUCGUCAAGGACUGGAGAAAGCUAUAUGGAGACGAAAUCACAGGCCACUCUACGCGCCGGACGGGUGCGUUGCAAUACAUCCGCAGUGGAUGGCCUGUGGCACAAGUAGGAUUCCUGGGCAGAUGGAAAAGCAACGUAAUCCUGGAAUAUGCCCAGGAGGCCUUGGAGUCCUUAGCAGUCAACAACUCUGGCUGCUUUGGCUCCAACACCCAGCAAAUGCAGCUCGCACAGCAGCUCAUCAAAGGAAACUCCGCUGAAACAGCACCAACCAAAGACAACUCCAUCCAAUCGAACAAGGCGAACACGAAGGUCAUUUCGAACUUACAGAAGGAGUUGGACUCGUUCAAGGAUGACACAAAAGGAAGCCACUCAAACUUGGAGAAGGCAAUCAGGGAGUUGGAAAACCGUAUGGGCACGGCUGCGAAGUACCUCCCGAAUUUGGUCAAAUCUGUGAAACAGCAGGUGGUUCAUCUGAACACACGCACACUGCUGUACUCACCUCCGAUCGGCUGGAGGACUAGGUGUGGAUGGUACUUCCACGCCUCCAACUAUGAGUUUGCGGAUGGAAUUCCGCCCAAGAAGCAAGGAACUUCCACCCAGGAACUCCACCUAGGUACUGAACUGGUGGAGCGGUCGCCGGCAGACAUUGCGCAGCAACGGCCGGAGCUGACGCCCAAAGAGCUACGGACCCUUGCUGCUAAGCAGUUUAUGGCUCUCAGCGUUGAGGCCGAGAAUGGCCGAGCUGAAGCGCACUUGACUGUCCUUGCUGGAAUCUUGGCCUUGCCCCCGCGCUUCAGACAACAGCACUGUAAAAGCGUCAAGCGGUUGAAAAGUUCCGUGACCUCAGCCUUUGAGGAGGUCGAUGAAGCUGACUUUGCAGGUGGAGGCUUAGGUCAGUUGCAUGACUUGGCAAUUCGAUCACAAUCGAAGAGUAACAAAGCACUGACGGUAGUGGCAUGGGUGCGGCGACAAUGCCGCCUGCUUUCAGAUAUCAAAAGGGUGCAGAUGGUGAUCCAGAUCUUGUAUCGUGAGCAGCUGCUGUCAUUGGUCCAUGGUGCCAUCGUGAAGGAAAGCAAAGCUCGGAAGAUGCUUCCGAAGACGAGCCCCGAGCGCUUUCUACACCAGGUGCGCUUCAUUUUGCACGUGGAGCACGAACGAAGCUGCAUCGACAGUAUGGUGGAGAAUUGGGCCAUGAUGCAACGCAUGCUGAACUUCAAGGAGACGAGUGAUUGUUCCCACCUGAAUGAGCGCGUGGAAAAGGUAUCCAGCUUCUGGGGCGAAAGGGUGAGCAACUCACCCAAGCGAUCCAAUCAGCGAUCCGAGGAGGCACCAUCUUUUCAGAUGUCAAGAGCACCCUCAAGACCAGCCACUGCCGAUGCUGGAUUUGAGCCUCCUUUCAUGCCGUCCCGCAGUCGCUUGGGAACUCCAAGCACCCUACGACGCCGUGUGCUGAAAGAUAGGGUAUCUGCGUUGAUGAUUGACGUGACAUCAGAGCAGCUGAGUGAGCAGAAGCCAUUGCCUGUGCAGUACAAGAAACUCCCAGGAUGGGCGAAGGAACAGAAGCCCGCCACCUCGAGCUCAGUCUCCAAGUCUCAAUCCUUGACCACUCUGCAAGUGCCCGAAGCCAGCUGGCGUGCAGAGGCACCCUUGCGUUGGUCGCGCAGCCAGGAAAGCAAAAACUUCCAUCGCAGCACAUCCUCCAAGUUCUUUAGCGCCACCAGGGUGGCUCAGGAGUGGCGAGAACCACCAGAUGUUGCUCUUCCUGGAAAGCCGCCAUCACUAGAGGACCGCUAUGUGACUACUUGUCGAACGCAACGGGCGGUGCCUGUGCCCCUUUCCUUCUUGGAGGGCCAGUCAUCAAAGCUUGAUGGGCGAGAUAUGUUGGAGGCACAGAUGAUGGCCUUGGUGGAUAUCGUCACAGACGGUCGCGUGGAAGAAGUGAACAUGGAGAACAACCGCCUUGUCACAGAUCAGUCGCUCGCACCUUUGUUCCAGAAGCUCCGUGCACCUCACAUGAGAGAUUCGUUGCGGACCAUCAACUUGCGGCACUGCCGCGCUGGUGUGAACACCCUGGAAAUGUGUGUAGAGCUUUUGUCUGUGGCGAUGAACCUGAGACACGUGGACAUGAGUGGUUUGCAGCUUGCAGUGAAAUUGCAGCUUCCUCUCUGCAUGGGUUUGGGAAGUCACCAAACACUGGAAACCGUUGCCCUGGCGGGUGUCGGUUUAGGAGGUACAUUUUGCACCGCCGAAUGUGCACGUCGCUUGGUCGGCUCUGUGAGUUUCACAUCUUUGGACUUGAGUUGGAAUUGCUUUGAUGGCGAAGAUUUUCAGCAGAUGGGGAAGCAGCUGAUGCAGACAAAACCAGGGGGUUCAAAGCUGAAGAAGCUCUACUUGGACAGCACAUCCACAACAGUGGGAAAUUUCGAUUGCUCCAUUUCUGAGCUGCUGGAGGCAUUGGCAUACAACACCUCCUUGACGUUUUUGAGCAUCGCAGCCAACCGAAUUGACUUCAAGCCAGCCUUGGUUUUGGAAGAUGCUCUGGAGAAUCAUUCGUGCAUGCGGAAUAUCAACAUCUCACAGAAUCCUCUGGGCAUUCUGGGUCUUCGUAGCAUCCUGCGCCUCAUGGCACGGAAGGACAACGACAUCAGGCACUUCGAUGCCGAAGGCUGCUUCACAGGAGGACCUGAUAUGGAAGAAGAUGUGGGAGACGCGGCAUGUCAAACCUUCUCCUUCACCAACCCAGGUGGCCGCUACAAGCUGCAGCUGGCGCGACCAUAUCAUCGAGCCAUGCUUCGGAUGUUGUGCAAAACGGCCGAACGUUACAAGGUUCCAUGGGAGAGAUGCAUGAGCGAUUUGAACUACUCACUUCCUGAGCGACUUUCAGUCAGCAAGAAUGCGACCACGAAGAUUUGGCAAGCGCCAACAGCUGGAGAUCUCUCCUUCAACUUCAGCUUGGAGAGUCAGAUUGAGGCCAAAUGGAGCAGCCUGGAGGAAGACGACUUUGUGGGUUUUCUGCAGAAACAUUUCGAGUUUACGCGAUUCAAGCCCAGCUUGAACAAAGUGGUGCCGCUGUGCAACAAAUGGGCAGAGCUCAAUGGGAGAUCUCUGGAUCAAGAGGUGUUCAUCCAAGCCUUGGCCAAAGACUUUAACAUGAGUGUGGCCUAUGUGCAAUAUUUGUGCAAAGCUGCGCCAUCCAUGGAAGCGGACGUGAUCAAUGCCAUGCUCCCCUGCACGGCAGAGGAUGGAGGUUCGCGAUAUUUGCUGCUGCAGACAUUGCAAACCUUGCCCGCCUUUGUGACGACCUAUCAAGCCAUGGAGUGUUUUUUGCUCUUCAACGUCUCGAAUCCCACUGGGCAUUACAAAUUGGAACUCAACAAUACCUCGCAGUUUGCCGUGGCACAGCGUCUCUUGCUCUUGGAUCGCUGGGAGUCGGUGAUCAACAAGCGCAAGGGUCGUGUGGACAUCUCCUCCCGAGGGAACGCUUCGCACUUCCGCAACGAGCUCCAUGCGGGGCAGCCACUGCGCAGUGGCUCCGUGGCAGAGUGGACUCUGCCCGAGGCAGAUGAGUUUGAGCUGGACUACGUGAGUUCCAGGCGACCAUCUGCCACAGCCAAAGCAGUGACAGAUGAGCUGUGGGAAAGAUUGAUGGUGAACCUUCACAAGUCUCAAUGCACAGAUGAGGAGCGCUUGAAGGUGCUACGUGCUAUCAGCCACGAGAUCUAUAUCACCGCCAAGCAUAUGCGGCAGAUGAUGGGUUUCUUCCAAGUGUCCGAACAUCGACAGGAAGCAUUCGUGAUGUACUACACACGAAUCAUUGAUGUGCAAAACAUGAAGCUUUGCUACGUGCGCUUUGGCAAGGAGGAGGAACUGGCCCGUCUUCAGUAUCGACUGGGCAUGGCCUAUUUCUUUCCCUUCUUCCAGCCCGAAAACGCCAAAUUUCAACUCGAUCUGAGUCUCAAUGACCAUCAGAUUGUGACGAAAAUGUUGGUCUCACUGGCUGCUCGGGAGAAGUCCAGCAACAUCAGGGAUGCGGUGUGGCAGAAGGAAGAUGGGACCUUAGACGAUUUCCCCAUGGGCAUCCCCCGAAGUUGGGAAACGGCGACACCUACCAGUGGCGUCUUCAAGUGCCGCUACGUCUGUUCUGCAGAUGAUCGCAAUGUUGCCUGGCGGAAAGGAUUGGCCCAGAAAUACAGCUAUUUCCCCCGGGACGUCAAUGACAGUGAUGUGAAUUGGUUGACCGGAUUGAACGAGCCGCCCCAAGACGUGCUGGAUCUGUUGGAGUUCUUCCUGAGUCGGGUGAAGGACAUGGAUGAGGCCUUCAAUAUCAUCGAUGGCGGUGAGCCUGGAUGCACCUCGAACUCGGAGCUGACACUGCGAGAGUUCGAGAGAGGUCUCAGCAGCAUGGGUUGUCAGAAAUUUGCCGGACCUGAUGAGCAGGCACGGAUCGCUGCAGUCUUUCGAUACCUGGAUCCUGGUGGUGAAGGGACAGUCUCCUUAAAGGAGUGGUCGGUCCUUGACCAACUUUGGCAAGAGUUUGACCUUACAGUGAGGGAGUUCGUCCAAUUUUUAACCUUUGCUUUCGGCGAGAACCUCCAGGACGCGUGGCAGGUGCUAGACGAAGAUGGUAGUGGUAGCCUCACCGAAGAGGAGUUUAACGAGGCCGUGCAGGCGGCCGGGUACUUCGGACCCGCGCGGGUGGUCUUUGCUCUGCUGGACGGCUCCGACGAUGGAGAAAUCGCACUGGAUGAGUUGGGCACCCCAGAGAUGGCCGGAGAUGGCACAACUGUAUGGAAAGACAAAAUUGGCUAUAUAUAG